CCCCUCCUGGCCCUCUGCCCCUGGUCACUCUCUAAUCACAGCAGCCCCUGCUGGUUUGUCUCCAGUCUGGAAGGAUCGGUUGGUCCUUUGUCUGUUGGCUCCACCCCUGCUAAACCGGGAGCCCUGGGGGCUGGGGGAGGGCCCGGCACAUCCACCCCCCUGUCCCCGCAGGUGGCAGAGACGUGCCAGCUGGCCGUCCGGCGGCUGGAGUGGCUGCAGCGGCACAGCGGGGAGCCGGUGGCUCAGGGGCCCUACCUCUCCGUGGAUCCGGCCCCAUCCGCCGAGGAGCGCGACGUGGGGCGGCUGCGGGUGGCGCUGCUGGAUGAGGCCCGGCCGCUCUUUGACCGAUACCGAGCCAUGUUCGCCCUGCGCGAUGCUGGCGGGGAGGAGGCUGCCCUGGCGCUGGCCGAGGGUGAGGAGGGACCCCGGGGGCAGGGUCGGGGCCCCUUGGGGAGGCCCAGUGGCCACAUCUGUCUUACGGGGCAGCCCAGCGUCCCUGGGCACUUGCAUCCUGGGGCAGGUAACUCCUCUUAUCACCGCCUCUUCUCUGUGGAGGAAGCCUAGGCCCAGAGAGGCAGAGAUACUUGCCCAAGAUCACCAGUGGUCCGAGCAGCAUUGUUGGGAUUUGAUCCCCAGAAGCCCUGUUAUUUUGUUUUUGUUUUUUAAAUUUUUUUGGCCAC